AUGAGUGAAGUCGUGGCCGACGGCGCCGGCGGACGCAUUGGACACAUGUGUGCCUUCGAUGACGAGAUAAACCACGAGCUAUGGAUUUAUGACACACUCAUUGAGAAAUGGUGUCUGAAGAGAUGCACGGGUGAGUCAGGACCGGCUGAUAUACCGGAUGGCACUUCUGGCGCGUGUUGUAUACUAAGCGGCGCUCAUAUCUAUAUGUUUGGCGGAUAUAACGAAGACGGAAACUCUGACCAACUCUACAGACUUAACCACAAAACACUGAAAUGGAAACGAUUGACUCCUCCGGGAAAGAGUCCCAUCGCUUGUGAUAAGAGUGUUUGCUGGCAAUACAAUCACAAAAUUUAUAUCUUUGGUGGCUAUGGAUGUGUUCCAGACAUUGACGAAAAAAGUUACCAAUUUGUUUUUGAUCCCAAAUCUCAUUGGCAUUAUAAGAGAGGUUGGAAUAAUCAAUUGGUUUGUUAUGACAUCGGACUAAACCAAUGGGAAUGGCCUAAAGUUGAGGGCACGGCUCCUAUACCUCGUGCCGCACACUCGGCCGCUAUAGUCGGUCACAAAGUAUUUAUUUUUGGCGGAAGACAUAGAGAGCUGCGAAUGAAUGACAUGUACUUCAUUGAUAUGAAGAGAAUGUGUUGGAGUGAAGAGUUGACAAACAAUAUGAAGAAUGAAUCUCUCAUUCCUAUCGGCAGAUCGUGGCAUUCAUUCACUCCAUUGUCUGAGAGCCAAAUCGUACUCUACGGAGGUUUUAGUCAGGAUAACAGACCUCUUAGCGAUUGUUGGCUUUUGGACAUAAAAUCGCAGCAAUGGAGUCACAUUGCGUUGCCAUUCAGUAAACCCCGUCUCUGGCACUCAGCGAUCGCAUCUCCUUUUGGAGAGAUCAUAGUGUUUGGCGGCGCCACACAGAAUAUAUUGAAUCUGAUUAAUUUGCGAAAUAUCAAAGAUCUCUACUCCGGAGAUAUCAUAACACUUCGAUUCGUCCCGAAAUCACUACUAAGGCUCUGUUUGGACACAUCGGUCCUUAACUGGCAUUCACUGCAAAAGCAGUGGAAAUAUUUGCCACACAAUAUCAUUAGGCUUUUGGAUCUAAGAAAACAGACUCUUCUGACAAACUCUGCCGGCUCUUAAUCGCUCGACUCAAGCGCUCAACACUUUUCUAUUUAUUUAUUAUUUUCUUAUGUUUGCAUUUGUAUUGAAUUUAUAACAAUUAAUAUUUUGUUUGAAACCCAUUGUAAUAACAAAUGUUUUGUAUUUUAUUGUAAAAUUAAAUUUAGUUUUUUGUUUGCAAUGAGAA